CCGGCGGAGAGCUCCAGCGGAACAUGGACGUCAACAAUGGCGAAACGGAAAAGUGAUGAUUUCCUUACAAAAGCCACAGACGAGGAUACAAGAGUUACCCUGAAAAAUGCUGGGGUGAAACUCCUGAAAGGAUUCUAUGAACUUUGGAAAAACCAGGAGUUGUGUGAUGUCAUUAUAAAGACCAAUGGAGAGUCAAUACCAGCACACAGGGCAGUUCUUGUCAUUUCUUGUGACUAUUUCCGAGCCAUGUUCUCUAUCGGGUUUGAAGAAUCUCAACAACAGAUAGCUGAGAUCAACCUUGAUGAUGUAAGACCAGAGGCUGUUAGAGCUGUGUUAUCAUACAUGUAUACAGGAUGUCUCACAGUGACUAAGGACACAAUUCAGGACCUGGUUGUGUUGACCGACCUGUUACAGCUGGCUGACCUAAAACUGCAGUGCUGUCAGUGUAUGGGGAGGGAGAUAAGUGCUAGCAACUGUUUAGGUGUUUGGGAAUUCUCUGAGAAGUUUAGCUGCGAUGACCUGGAAGCUAGCUCACUAGCGAUGGUGAAGCAGAGAUUUCCAGUGAUCUGUCAGAUGGAUGAAUUCUUGGCACUGUCAUACAACAGGCUUUUAAAGAUAUUGAAAUUUGAAGAUUUAUAUCUAGGUUGUGAUGGGGAGGGGACUGUACUGAAGGCUGUAUUCAGAUGGUUUGAACACUGUCCUGAGGAGAGGAUUGGUCACAUUUCUGAUGUCAUCAAACUCGUGAGAUUGAAGAGUGUGGACAAGGAAAUUAUUGAUCAGCUGAUGAAAUGUACAAUCUCAGAAAAAUAUCCAGAAUUACGACAGAUGAUAGAGACUCAGCUGGUGGCUGAUGGUCCUGACAAUGUGCGAGAAGCCAUCCGAUUCCUUUAUGUCAUGGGUGGAUACACACAGUCUCGGACAGGUCCUUUAUGUCCACGUACCAAACGAGUGGAGAGGUUUAACUUAAAUUCACAACACUGGCAGACUGUUGCAGACCUCCCUAUAUUGGCGUCAGGAAUUCAUGCCUUUGAGAUUCAUGGUCGUCUUAUCUGUACAGCAUUUGAACUGAUCCAUUUUAGAAGUCAGGAACAAGACAUUGAACGGGAAGUUAAGCUUGAGGGCAUUUAUGAGUAUGAUGUUCUUCAGGACAGAUGGAAGGAUGCCACAGAUUAUUUCAGUCCAGAAACCAUUCAAUGUCUUCACAAUUGCCUUAUGAAAUCAGGGUCAAUUGCAGUUUGCCCCAAGACUAAUAAAAUUUACACUGUGACUGACACAGAUGUAAACUGUAUAUCUGUUGACUUAGAUGAUGGGGAUAUAUUCUGUAAAAAUAUAGAGAAAAUGCCAAAUAUUCAGACAUUUGCAGAGGAAGGUCAUUCUUGUCAUGUGGCUGUGGUACAUGAUGAGGUUUUGUAUGUGUUUGGCGGAGAGGUUCGUGUGUCGCAGUCUGAAGUCUACUCCACAGCAUCAGGGUACAAGUUUGACUGCACAUACAACACAUGGCUCCCUAUUCAGGAUAUGCUGGAGCCAAGAUCAAAGUGCGAUAUUGUUGAACUUGGUGGUUACAUUUACCUAGUUGGAGGAUUUAACUUAUAUCGACUGAAAUCUGUUGAGAGGUAUGACCCCCGUACUAACCAAUGGUCAAAAGUAGCCAGUAUGGAAGUCGAGAGGAGUCACCUUAAAGCUGUUGUUUACAAGAACAAAAUUUGUGCAAUAGGUGGAAAGUCUUACUCAGCCAGGAAUGGUGGUGGAGCUCGUCGAACUGUCCACACCUCAGAGAUUUAUGACCCAGAAUUGGAUCAGUGGACCAUGCUUCCUACUAUGACCCAAGCUCGGUGUUUACAUGGAGCAGUGGUGUUCUGAUGAAGAUAUGGGACUGGGUAGCUGUACCAUAAACAAGACAUCACAUUUACCGGAACUGUUGUGAUAUAAGUACUUCAUGAUCAUAAGCCACUUUCAAAUUCUUGAAACAUUUAGGGUUACAACGAUACAUUUAGCUUUGAUAUGAUGAACAUUGUGAAAUACACCUUUGGAUUUAAAUAUUUUUGAUACAAUUUGCUGGCUGAGAGUAAUAUUUACUUUUAAUCAUCAUCCAAGGCAACUUUAUAUGUGGUACAGA